AUGUUGCAAUGGGCGGCAAAGGUUGCCACUGGAUCAGGAAGUGUCAAAGAGUACCGAAGGUUGGGAUAUGGGCCUUCAGGAGAAUCAUCAUUCAGUCCUCCAGAUCGUGAGCUUAGUCACACGCAAGAAGGCGCGGUCGAAACUUUAUUUUGGCAUGCUUCUCUUCAACACCCGCCGGGGCUGCCUGCUCUGCGUGUUUGUCACAUCGGAACCGACUAUGAUCAUGAUGAGAACAAUCCCAAGAUGGACGGCAGAUGCUUACCAGUUGUCAAUGAAGCACUCUUCUGUCAUCCAGGUUUACGAAAGCUCUGUAUCACUGGCGCUGCCUUCCGACUUUCCCGGUCUGCCUCUUCACUAACGUUAUCUAAAUCGCCUCUGGAGGAUCUGACCCUUUUGAAUUGCGUUAUCAAUCCCUUUGACCUCCAAACGGCGCUUGAAUACCCAGCAGCUUUGAAGCGGUUUACCUUCAGAGGUCCUAGGUCAGAGGAUAUGAUGGAGGAAGAACCUGAAUGUUACAUUCAAUCAGCGCUCUCACACUACAGUUCCUUGGAAUACAUCGAUUACGAUCUUUACUGGGGAGCGGAUGACGAGACAGACUUUGUUGAACUAGCCCGCCUCCAACAUCUCACCACAACCAUCGCCACCCUUGCGGGAAGGGAAUGCAUAGAGCUGGAUCCAACAGAUGAUAUUCUGCCGCCGAAUCUCGAGAGUCUUACGAUACGAUACGAUGAAGUGAAGGCCUGGCUUCCUUCGGUUAUCUACGAGAUGGUGAAAGACGAAAAACUUCCAAAGCUGCGUCGCUUUACCUGCGAGGUACCAGAGAUCAUGGAGCACCUCCCAUCAAUCAACCCACAUAAGUUCAACCCACCCGCCGGCGAGGUGUGUCAAGAGGGCAACACUUGGAAAAGCAAAUUUGCGGAGCUGAAUGUGGAGAUGUCCAUGGUCUCCAUUCCAUAUCCUCUUGAUCUGCCCAAAUAUGACCUGUGUUCCUGCGAAUGCUUGUCCUUUUACCACCGUAUGUCCUUCCAUCCAUGCAAACCUCUGGCACUUCCUUGGGAAGAAAACGACUUCGGAGAGGAGGACGUGUUCUUGGAUGACUGGGCCGAUAUUGAGGAUGAAAUGGACCUUGAUGCUCUUAUGGAUGAUCUUGCAGAGGAUUCUGGAUCUGACGUCUCGGCUUGA